AUGUCGCACUUCUCGGGAAAAACACAAAAUCAGAUCAGCGACAAACGUCGUCUGCUCGGCUGGAUUGAACCGGCGAACGGACCAGCGUCUCGAACGAGUGACAGAGCAGUACUCCCCUCACCUGGGAAUCAGACAAUAAAACUGCUCGAAGAAUCAACCAUAAACAAGAUCAUGAAGCCUCAGGCUAAGUGCAAAAACCGUACCGACGACGAAGAGAAGAGAUGGAAGCAGUGUAUGAUAGCUUCGGCGAUCAGAACACUUGCCAAACAACAUGACGAAGUGGCUAAGGACUUCAAAAUGCAACCUUUAGCGGUCAGGCUGAACGCAAUUGCGGGAAGUCUUCCUCUUCGUCCACUAUUACGGAACGCAGUCGUCGACCCAGUGUUGACAUAUUUUGAGCAGCGGGAAGAAAAGGGAAUUGUAUCUGAUACUUAUCAGCAAAUCUGA